AUGCGCUUCUCGCACAUUGCACCGCUCCUAGCAUGGGCCCUCUCCUGCGCCGCCAGCCCCGCGCCGCUGGUCAUGCCCAUCUCGCCGGGCCCGUCAUCGAUGACCGAGCUCGAGAUGCGCGAGGCGCUGGAGCUGGCGACCCGCACGCAGCACCUCGAGAAGAGGCUGAGCGCGGACUUUAGCAUGGACAAGACGUGGGACAACGAGGUGCUCUUCCAGGGCUCGUACGUCGGCCACAGCGGCGACGGCCCGGACAAGGAGCACGUCUCCCUGGCCGUGACGUGCCGCGAGUGCUACACGCGCGGCACCGUGACGGCCAGGCUCACCGACGAGAGGAUCAUCGACCCGGCCGUGCGGCUCGACUUCCGGGGCGUCGAGGCCUACGUCGACCUCGAGGUCGCGGCCAGCGCGGGCGCCACCUACGCCAUCAACCUCUUCACGAGCAACUCGCCCGUCGGGCUCGGCUUCCCGGGCCUCAGCGUGGGCGUCGUCUUCUACGUCGACCUCGUCUUCAGCCUCGACGCGGCCGUCGACCUGACGGGCGGGUUCUACGUGCGGCUCGCCGACGACGCCUUCCUCGAGGCCAGCAUCUUCGAGGGCGCCGUCGUCGACUCCUUCUUCCAGGGACUCACGAGCAAGUCGAUCCCCAUCGCCGUCCGGGCGGGGCGGGCGACCUUCAAGGCCGACCUGCGGCUGCGGGUGCAGUGCGGCGCCGAGGCCGACGGGCUCGUCAGCCUCGUGGGGCUGGGCGCCAGCGCCGUCAUGGGCGUCUACGCCAACCUCAUCGAGUUCGUCGCCGUGCUCGACUCGACGCCCGAGUGCCCGCUGCGCGCGCGCGAGUGGUGGGACCUCAACGUCGGCGCCUACGCGCGGCUCGACGUCGUCGUCGACUACAGCACCCUCGGCCCCGUGCCCACCGUGUCGACGACGCUGCUGACGGCGCCGACGCUGACGCAGUGCCUGGGCGGUGCUGGCGGCGCGGCGGGUGCUGCGACGCCGACGUUGGCGCUGCCGGCUGCGUCCUCCUCGCCCGCCGAGAUCGGGGGUGUCGUCGGCGGGUCCGCGGCGUCGAAGGCAUCGACGGCUGUGGAUGGCCUUGUCGUCGUCGUGACGAGGCCGGCGCAGAGCAUCGUCGCAACAACGGGCACCGCGUCGAAGAACGCGAUCAUCCCGACCAUCACCGCCGCCCCUUCGCUGCUGCUGUCCUCCACGGGCAGCACGGCCAAGUUCCCGCUCGGAAACUCGUCCGUCCCGACGGCCAACGGCUCGUCAGUCGACCUCGUCACCUCAACCCUCUACACGACCGCCACGUACACCCUCACCGCCUGCGCCGCCAACGUGGUCAACUGCCCGGCCGACCUCGCCUCGCAGGUCGUCGUCACCCGCACCGUCGACGUCCUGACGACGGUCUGCCCCGUGGGCGCCACCAUCACGGCCCCGCCGGCGGCGGCAGCGUCUCCCGUCCAGUCCGUCGCGGAGGUGCACAAGGCGGUCAUCACCGACGUCGUCACGCUGGUGCCGUGCAAGACGCCCGUCGUGGAGACGUUUGUCGCCCCCUCGCCGUCCCCGACCGCCACUGCCAGUGCCACUGCUUCCAAGCAGAAGCAGGAGCAAGCGGCAGCGACGACGGCACCAGCCGUGCCGGUUGUCGUGGGUGGUGCUAAGCAGGCGCAAGGGCCCUGGGCCGGCGCCACUGGGUCGACGCUGAGGCCGGCGGCUCACGGCACUGCUCGGCCGAGUGUCUCGUUCGCGCCAACGGGGGCUGUCGUUGGCGGUCCGACUGGUGCGCCGGUGGUGGCUGGUGGUGCAGUUCUGUCACGGGACAGGAUGUACAUGUGGAUGGUAGCGUUGGCUGCGGUGGUUGUGGGCGGUGUGGUGGCUUGA